AUGGGGGCGUCUAGCGAGUUUGAGCUGCGAGGAGACGACACAGACAUACACUUUCUCGCUCGAUACGUGCCAUGCACUACUUGGGAGAUUCGAGCCUACUCGACUUGCCUCGCGCCCCACACCGGUCGUCGCCUCCGAACCCUGCCCAUCUGGUGCACGAUCUCCCUCAAUUCGGUCUCAAUGUCCGGCGUCACUUACAUGGAGCCUGUCUUCCCCCCUCCAUUCACCCGUCCCCAUGUCAAUGGUGCACGUCAUCCCUUCCUCUCGAAGGCGUUCUCCUCCCUCUCCUUUCGUCCUUCAUCCUUCACCUCUCCUGGUGCUCUGCAGUGCUCUACGCACCACUCAUUGCCGCAAAUCCUCAAGUGA